AUGUCGAUCAAGGAAUUCCUGGCAAUGCGAGUGCUGCGCAGUCUUUACUCUUUUGCUUACACGGUUUUAGACCAGACUGCAGAGUACAUGGAUAUUAUGGAUUUGAAGUACAGCGUCCUUACGACCUUGCUGGACGGUUUUUGCGUGCCAACCACCGGUACCGACGAAUGCCCUCCCGGCCAGUGGGCUGAGCACGUUAAGAAGGCACCAUGA